GUUCGCCAUAGCAAACUGCUUCAUUUAUUGGAAAUGCUGCUAGUUUCCGUAAAUAAUAGAUGAGUUCCAUUCAAAUUCCUGUAAUAGAUCUGAAAGAAGCUCAAAAUGCCAGCCAGCGUUUAGGAGUUGCCCAGAAACUUGUGAAAGCAUUGGAAACUGACGGUUUCCUUUUUCUUGACAACAUGCCUGGUGUCGACCUGAACAAACUCUUAAAAAACACCGAAUGGUUCUUUUCUAUUCCAGAGACUGAUAAGUCUCGACUGUUGAAGAAACAGUGGAACCCGCAAAAUAGUAAUCGCUAUCGUGGCUAUUUCCCACUUCAGCCGAAUUGUGCAUCUUACAAAGAAGGUUUUGAAAUGGGCGCUGAAGAUGUAGAAUUUACAGACCCGGACAUCCACCCUAUCUUCAAGGAACCAAACGUCUGGCCGCAAGCGCUGAAUAAGGGCGAUCAGUUUAAGGCCGACAUGAUACAACUAUUCUCAGCUAUGCUGAAGACCGGAAGUGAGGUGCUGCGUCUGGUUGCUAUGGGAAGCGGCCUGGACGAGAUGCUUUUUGACAAGAUGUUCAUUCCGGACACUCUUUCCACGUUGAGGUUGUUGCAUUAUCCCAAACGACCUAACCAUUUUGACAUUGCUGCUGCCACUGCUGACGAUGGGACAGUCUUGUCCUGUUCCGAACACACCGAUUCCGGCUUCGUGACUCUGUUAGCGACGUUUGAUUACCCAGGGCUUCAGAUCAAGUCAUCGGGCGGCCAGUGGUACGAAGUACCGCCGCGACCAGGCUCUCUGGUCGUCAACAUCGGAGACAUCUUGUCCCAGAUGACCGGCGGGAGGCUAAAGGCGACACGCCACAGAGUUGUCGAUCCAAAGAUCAGUCGUUACUCUGUUCCGUUUUUCUUUGAACCUCGAUACGGCGUUAACAUUAACUACCGUCUAGGUGAUUCUGAGACGAAAACCCCAGAGUCAGUUUGUGCAUAUGGUCAUUUUGUGAUUGACAAACUGAUGCAAUUUUCGGAGUAUCAAAAUACAUUCAAUGACAUGUGAUAAAAUCGUUGAUUUUCGGUAAUAUUGAAAACUACGUUGGAUUUUUGGCACACGUAAUAUUCAACUAGUUUUCUGAACAACCUCAAAGGACACAUUGUCACAAUUACAGAUGUAGGCCUACUAAGCGCCAGAUCAUUUCAUUUCAAUGCUGCCGGUGACAAAGUUUCACAUGUACGAACUUUGAACCACACUCCAGCAUUAACAAAAACGUUUGCUACCGGGCAUUUUUAAAACUGAACCAAAUAAAACAUUAUUUCAUCGAUCUGUUGACUGGCAGCCUUUUUAUGGAUAUAAUACCGGACAGUGAUUAUUGGGAGCAGUCAUAUGACAGUUUGACUCUUGUGUUAUGAAACAUUAAUUCAUACAUUUACACCCAGUGUAUUACUUCUGUGCUGGGGUAUCGUUAACAUUCACGCAUUCUACCUUAUACGGAAAUACAGUUUUGACCACAA